AACACUGGACCCUCUCUUCUUCUCCCUCCCGCCCCUUUCUCCUCCAUCUUCAAUCUCCCGUCUGCCUCCCACCAAUCUGCAACGCCGCAGCCUCCGCCUCCGCCUUCGCCUCCGCUAGCUUUACAGGUUGACAUGGCAAAUAGCAAGUAUGAGUAUGUAAAAUCUUUUGAAAUUGAAGAUGAAGUGAUGUAUCCCAACUUAGUUGUAGUUCGAAUUGAUGGGUGCAAUUUUGAAAGAUUUUCUGAAAUUAAUGAGUUUGAAAAACCAAACGAUGAAAAAGCUUUAAAUUUGAUGAACUCUUGUGCAACCUCAGUGCUUGAGAAGUAUCCAGAUAUAAUCUUGGCUUAUGGUUUUAGUGAUGAAUACAGCUUCAUUUUCAAGAAAGAAACCAAGUUUUACCAAAGGCGUGCUAGCAAGAUUCUUUCCCUCAUUGUCUCAUUCUUCACAUCUUUAUAUGUGGAAAAAUGGAGGGAAUUCUUUCCUCAAAACAACAUGAAAUCUACUCCUUCAUUCAAAUCACGUGUCAUAUGCUGUCCAUCAAUGGAGGUUCUUCAAGCAUAUCUUGCCUGGAGACAAAGAGAAUGUCAUAGCGAAAACCAAUACAACACUUGCCUUUGGAUGUUGAUUAAAAGUGGGAAAUCAGAAAGAGAAGCACAUGAAAUCUUGAAGGGCACAAAAAAACAAGAAAAAAACGAGAUCCUUUUCCAACAAUUUGGUAUCAACUACAAAAAUCUUCCACAAAUGUAUCGACAGGGUUCUUGUGUUCUCAAGACAGAGGUUGAGGAAACCUUAAAGAUCCAUGACAAUGAACCCCCUGUAAAAAGACUGCAGAAGAAGGUCAUAAUCGUCCAUUCAGAAAAUAUAGCUUCUAGAAGUUUCUGGAAUGAUUACUCCUGUCUUUGCAAAGAUCUAAGUUGUUUUGAGCAAAAUGUGAAUAAUAUCAAACAAGAGUACAUGAAAUUGUUUCAGUUUGAGAACAAGUUGCUCCCAUUUACUUGGAUUGUAAUAAGAAUAGAUGGCUCUCAUUUCCACAGAUUUUCUGAGGUUCAUGGAUUUGAGAAGCCUAAUGAUGAGCAAGCUUUGAAACUUAUGAACUCAUGUGCAGUUGCUGUUUUAGAGGAGUUUAAAGACAUUGUUUUUGCAUAUGGAGUAAGUGAUGAAUACAGCUUUAUCUUAAAGAGAAAUACUCAACUCUAUCAAAGACGCCCGAGUGAAAUGGUGUCUGCAAUUGUGUCAUUAUUUUCUUCAACAUAUGUGAUGAAAUGGAAAGAAUAUUUCCCUAAAAAAGAGUUGAAAUAUCCAUCAAAUUUUGAUGGAAGAGCUGUUUGCUAUCCAUCAUAUGAAAUUAUUCGAGAUUAUCUUGCUUGGAGACAAGUUGACUGCCACAUAAACAAUCAGUACAAUACUUGCUUUUGGAUGCUUGUCAAAUCUGGAAAAACCACAAAGGAAGCUCAAAGUCUCUUAAAGGGUACUCAAACACAAGAGAAGAAUCAAAUGCUCUUAAAUCUAUUCAAAAUUGAUUACAAGACAUUACCCAUCAUAUUUCGCAAUGGCUCCUCUGUAUUUUGGGACAAGGAGAUGAUGUUGACAGAUAAUGGAGUGAUUACAAAAUCAUACAAGAAAGUGGUAGUGGAACAUCCAAAUAUAAUUGAAGAUUGCUUUUGGGAAACACACCCACUCAUACUUGAAGAGAUGUCCCCAAGAUCAUGAAUCCUUUACCUACUAUAUAACAUGUUAGCAAGUUGCAUGUACUUAUAUAAGUCGUAUCGAAAAAAGUCUAGUCUAAAAUAGCUCAAAACAGUACAAAAUGACCCAAAUAGUUUGUAUCUUAUGUUGGCGUAUUAUUAUUUUUGAUAGUAAUUUAAUUUUGUUAUCAAACUUCAUUUGAAUGUGAAGAAUUGACAAAGGUUUUAAGGAAA